UCCAAUUACUUAUGAAAAAACAAAGGAUAUGCCAAGCGUAAUAAUACCUCGAUUCGUCAAUCAAUUCUUGAAUGGAGCAAUUUUUUUUCUUAACAGUCUUGCAAUAGGCAUUUAAGUGUCAAGUAGGGGAAAGAACGAUUGUUGCGUUUUUCUACUAAAAGGAAUAAAAGAGAUUGGGAAAAACCAAGUUUUGUAAAAAGAUGACGUCAUCAUCAAAAGGAACAUUGUUACUGGUGAUCUUAACGCUCACGUGCAUAGUUGUGGAAGGUAAUGAUAGAGAUGAUUCCAGAAACCGUAAUAUGUUAAGACGCUACCGUCAACGACAAAGACAGUUUCGGAAUCGGUUUGAAGCAUUACGUAAUAAUCAUAUGACUGACCAGGGAACUCUAGAUAAUUCGACAGAGUGGGUUCGACCAUUUAUUCCAGACAUACCAAGAAUGGAGGAUAUAGACUGUAACAUUGAGGUCGAAGUGAUUGAGCGUAUAGGGGGGAGAUGUGUAAGACUAGGUGGAGCAAUGCGCCUGGCAGUUUGCCAGUCAGGAAUGUACCUGGAUGUACAAAGUGAAGAAUGUCAGGUUAUUUUAGCAGAGAGAGAAUCGCUGGAACGACGGCAGCGUCUGAGCCAGGCCGAGGCAACGCAAACAAGUUCGGAUGACGCAGAGGCGGCAGAGGGUGACGCCACAACACAAUGAAUGUUAUUUGUGCAUAAUUUAUUUCAUUUGUAACAUAUUGACGGGUAUGAAACAUAUUCAGGUAAACUAUUUCUGACAUCAACGUUGGCCUUGAUGUGAUGGUAACACAUUAGAUAUUGUAUCAUAAUAUAUACAUCUGUCAUUGUAAUGGAGAUCCGAUGCUGAUAUAUCCUGAAAACUCUCUUGCGUCUAACUGAGACAGACGAAAUAUGUGAGCAAGAUAUACUCAACUUGCACAGGACAACAACUUUAGUGUUCAAAAUAAAAAGAGUAAAUUCGAAA